AUGAUGGAUCCAUACGCAACAACUCAUAGAAGAUUGAAACAGAUACAGGGUCAUUUUAUGACACCACAAUCAUUAAGAGUACUACCACAAUUUACAUUAAAUUCAUUAAAUAAUAAAUCAAACAUUUCUUCAAUGUGGAGAAAAUUAACAACUUCUUCUCGAAUAGGAGCAGUAUCAAUACCACCAUUAACAGCAUAUUAUAUAUUUAAAUUAUUUAAAGGAAAACAUAGAAAAUUUAUAAAUGAUAAAGAUAUUGAAAUUAUUAUAAAAGAGAUCUCUGGUAAUGAUAUAUUUGAUCAAGUUGUAAAAUUAGCAAGUAAAGUCAUUGGAUUUUUGGGUGUAAUUCAAAUAUCAAAUAGAAUGGAAACUCAUUUAGGUGUAAAAUUAACAUUUUCAAAAUCUUAUCAAUUAUUAGUUACACUCUCUUCAAUUUUAGAUACAAUUUUAUCAUUUACAAAAUUAACUCAAAAAUGGGGAAUAAUAUUUUGUAUAGUUAGUAUUUUAUAUUGUAUAAUUAAUAUAAGAAUGUUAUAUUUAACAUUGGCACAUAAUAAAACGGUUGAAAGAUUAUUAUCAGUGACAAGAACAAAAUGUCAAGGAUUUAAAAUGAAUAUACCAGCAUUGGGGGCAUGGGGAUCAGUAGUUGCAAUUACAUUUUACAUUUGGUUAAAAGAAGCAAAGAAAUUAGCACAAUCUACAGGUGGUAUUUUAACGAUGACAGCUUUUCUUUUAUCAGCAAUCGCAGCGAUUAGAGUUGGAUUAAGAGCUGCAAUGACAUCUUUUCCAGGUUUAACACCUUUUGAAGGUAGUUCUGCAGUUGUAAUCGCUAUUAUUUUAGGUGCAUUACCAUUAAUACCUUAUUAUACAACUUCUGAAUGGUCAAGAACUCUAUUAUCAGGUUAUUUAUCAAUUGUAAUUUCAAUGAUAAUUAAUUCAUUUUUUGCUUGGAAAACUCCUUCAAUGCUUUAA